AUGUUUCUGAGGGGAUGCAGGGAACCCUUGGAACAGUACCGCGAGUGCCUCAUGAAGAACCUCAAGGAUUGGCACGGAAGGGGACUCGUCCGCCAAAAGCUAUCGGCUGUGAAGAUCCACCAGCUGGGGCAGAUGAACAUCACACGGUUCGACCACCAGAAGCUCAUCAUGGACCGAAUCCGACACCUGUCGGACAUCCCCUCGAUGGCGAGGUACUCCGUCGGCAAGGCCAACGUCGCGGAGGUAGAGGCGGCCGUGCACGUGGCACCCCGGCGGAAAGGGAGCAGCAGCAACACAGGCAGCAGUAACAACGUAAACAGGGUGCUCUCCGGCGAUUCCGUCUCCUCCGGCUCGUUGGCGGAAAACGCCAGCCAAUCGGACGCGUCCAUGUCGGAGGACACGGGCGAGGGAGGAAAAAAGAGCAAGGGUCAUCACAGGCGGAGGUCGACGCGACACGGUCUUGGGGUCAAAGGAGGCCGGCGGGGAAGCUUGGCGAUCGACAAGACCUGGGAGGCCAUCAACAAGUCCCGGGCAGAGGCCGACGGCGGCGUGAAGCAGAAGCAGCUCGACACCAUCCGUCGCAGGAUCUCCAACGUCGGGACGCAGCCGCCGGAGCUCAAGCCAUUCAACCCCGCGGAAUUUGCUAGGGAGCAGAACCAGGCUUCCAGCAACGACUCUUCGCUAGUAGGAAGCAAGGAGAGCUCGGAUACAAAUGGAGCCUCCAAGGGAGCAGGACGGAGAGAGUCGCUCUCGCCCAACGUACACGACAAGGCUCGGCAGGCCAGGAUCGACGAGGCCAAGGCGAAGAGGCAGCGCGCGUUAGAGUACGGGAACAGCGCCCUCAAGGCCACCACGCGCGAGGGCCAGCUGAAGGACCUCAAGAAGCAGAUUCUCGCGGACUUUGUGAGCACCAUUGGCUGCGACCGCGCCACGCUCAUGUUCGUCGAUACGCCUGCCCAGGAACUCUUCUUCUUCGACGGGAAUAUGCGGAUCGCUUUCCCCCUUCGGAAAGGCAUCGCCGGACACGUCGCGGCAACGGGCAUGGGGUUGGUCGUUAAUGACCCAUACAACAACGAGCGCUUCAACCGCCAGGUUGACAAGGACUCGGGCUUCGUGACGAGAAACAUCCUGUGCGAGCCCAUCAAGUCGCGGAAGGGGGGCAACGUCGUGGCGGUUCUCCAGAUGGUCAACAAGAAGGACGGCGAGGACUUCAGCGAGCACGACGCGGGCGUGAUGGAGAUGUGUGCGGUGAAGGUAGCCCUAGCCCUGGACACGUCGUUCGCUGCGCUCGUGUCCGCCGAGAACGAGUGGGCGAAGGCUGCAGGGCGCCGGCGAAGCUCCGGCAGCGGAAGCAGACGAGACAGCAGCAUCGACGACGGCGAAUCCGUGCCCACGGCUGCCGAGGCCGCCGCAGCCGCCGCGAGCGCAACGGCCGCAGUCGCCGCCCAGAGAAGGAGCGACGACGCCGAUGCGACAGCAGGAGGGGGGAGGCGAGGCAGCCUGGGAGGCCGUCGGGGUUCUGCGACGCUGUCGGGGCUAGGGGAUGAUGGGCUCCAAGAGGUGCCGCAGAUCUCCAACCGGAGGGGGAGUGGGACGUCGAAGGCGGACGUGGAGAAGCUAAAGCGUCGAACGGAGUACGGCAAAGAGCCGUCGCUCAUCCCCCUCUUCGAUGCUACUCCUCUGUCGCCGGACUUUACACAAGGUUCGCGAUAG